UUUUUGGCAAUUCAGUGGAAAUUUGAACAAAAAAAAAAAAAAAAAAAAAAAAAAAAAAAAAGAAAAAGAAGAAGAAGAAAGAAAGAAAGAAAGAAAGAUUGGUUGAAUGGAUUCGAGGAUCAAUUUAGGAGAGGGAAUUCAUAUCCCACAAGAUAAAGAAUUCAAGUAUGUGAAUUCUUGGGUGCCAAUAACUCCAGAAAAGCCAAUUCUUACAACAAGAUCUAAUUCGAUGCCAAUGGAAAGACAUGGGAGCCAACUGGGCAGGGGGAAUUUGCAAGAACUGGCUGGAUUUCCCAGUGGAUAUAUACAGCAAGUAUCAGAUUAUAGCAGAGCAGCUCAACAUUUAGGCCAAUUUGGUAGCAAUGGGAAUUUGGUACAGAGGAAUAGAAUGAUAAAUCAAAUUGCAGGGUCUUAUACACAGGCACUGAGAAGUGAAAGUGCAAAUUGGGAUGCUAGUUGUUCUUUAACAGAUCUUCUGGCGGCUGCAGCACCUCUUCCCGGUGCAAAUAGAAGCUUAAAUAGAAGCAUGAGCAUGACGGCAGAAAGGCCUUUCAUUCCAAAUUUACAUUCCCAUUUUAAUAGCUCUAGCCAGACAAAAUAUGUAAACCAAACUCACUGCUCGAGUUCAAACAUGUUCACCGGUCAUAAUAGCUUAUAUCAGAUGCCUCAAUAUGGAUUUCCCAUUCCUUGCAAUAAGAACUAUGACCUCAAUUCGGUGCAAAGUACAGAAGCUUAUGCAUCAUCAAGUGUUCACAAUUCAUUUCAACUUGAACCAGUCACACCAGAACAGACCAAUAAGUUGAGGAACCAGCUCUGCACAACUGUAAAUUUCCCACAGGAAAAAAGCACAAGUGAAGAAAGACUCGGACAACAUGAUUUAGUUGUAUCCAUAGAUGGUUUUCCAAACGAGAAAAAUUCUAAUGAACUUUUGCAUAACAUUGGGGACUCGUUUUCUGCUGUCAUUUCUGCACCAUUUGAAGAGCCAAAAGAUUGCAGCAAAGGAAGUGACCAAGUUAUUGACCUGAACCAAACACCACAGCAGAAACCACCAAAAAGAAGAAAGCAUAGGCCUAAAGUAGUAGUAGAAGGAAAACCAACCAGGACACCCAAAGCUGCAACCAGAAAAAUAGCUGAUCCCAAGAAGACAGCAAGUGAAAAAAGGAAGUAUGUGCGGAAGAAGACCCAGCAUGAAUCAGCUAAUCAACAACCAGAUUCUAUUGGAGAAACUACUGAUCCAAUGGAGAAACCAAAGGAAAAGAGGAAAUAUGUGCGCAAGAAGAGCCUGAGAGAACCAGAAUCUCAAAAUGCAGAUUGCAUUGGUAAGGCUACAUAUCCUAGUUCUAAAACUGCAGCACCUUCAUGUAGAAGAGCAUUGAACUUCGACAGCUCUGAAAGUACCAGAGAGGAAAGGGAGAACAAUUCCAUUGCUCAGCAGGUGAUAGAGAAUAAGGAAAAAGAGACUUACAAUUUGAGAACAGAUUUUCAAGUUGCAGAAUCAAUAUGCAGAACUAAGUCAGAAUUGCAGAAUAGCCAACAGAGUGAGCUGCUGUUGAAAAACCGACAAUCAAGGGCAACAAGUAACUUCACCCCCAUGAAUGAAUUGCCAAAUAAUGACAUCACAAUUUCAACCAGAAGAGAUCCAGGACCCAGUUAUAUAUCGAUUUCAGACAGCAUAGGAGCUGCAAUACAAUUAGCUUCAACAGAAGGUGUGCAAAUGAAUAAUAUAUAUGCCGAUGUUAGAGAUAAAGAUAUCAGAACGCAGCAACAUAUCCGUGCUUCAGGAAUUUUCCAAGUUGCCUCUCCAUCAAGAAUUAAUUGCAGAAGCCUCGAGAAUUCUAGACAAAUGAUGCCUCAGAAUACCCCUCUAUCAACUUCAGAGAUCUCACCUCAUUCUACUGAAGGUAGAGGGUCCAAGAGAGGCUAUUGUCAUGUUGAGCAGACAAGCCACUGCACUGCCAAUACACCCUGCAAAUUAUUGCGUCAAGAGAUGCCUCGUACUGAUUAUUGCCAAUAUAACCACAUGUCCAGUGCAGUUUAUUCAGAGACUCGCAAGAAAAAGAAGAUUGAAAAUAGAAUCUACACAAACACAAAUAGCUUGCCAGCCUCUGUUGCAGCUAUUAACCAUUCAAGGUCAACCAUGAGCAGCAAUGAUGUCCCAUCAAUUGCUUCCACCUCACAAAGGAAUAGUGAAAUAUUGAACUCACACUUUGGAAGCAAUUAUAUGAAAGGAAAAGAAAAUAAUGGGUCCAAAGCAGCUGUUGAUUGGUACAGACAUCUGAUGGCUUCUAGAUUGGAUUUAUCAAUGCAGAAUUUAUUGACUGGACAAAAUUCAUGCACAGAGAGAGUUGAAGAGAGCAACAAAUCCACCAAGGUCCAAGGCCUUUCCUCCCUUGCCUCAAUUGAGAAUUACAACAUGCCCCCACUAACUCCACCCAAAACAGCCCCUCAACGCAAUGUUGAUGUGUCAAGAAAGCAGGAAGUGGGACCCAAUCAAUCCAUAUCUGUUGCAUCUGGAAAAUGUAAGAUGUUGCAAGAACAAGCAGACAUCUUGAAAGGUCUACAAUCACCUGCAAGAAGAAAAGGACGACCAGCUAAGCAGAAAUUCCCAGCCACAAUUGAAGAAAUUAUUUAUCGAAUGGAGCGUCUCAGUCUCAAUGAAAAAAUGAAGGGUAAGGAGCAAAAUGCACUCGUGCUAUACAAAGGAGACGGAACACUAGUUCCAUAUCAAGGGUUUGAAUUUAUCAAGAAGCGCAAGCCAAGGCCUAAAGUAGACCUUGACCCAGAGACAGAGAGAGUAUGGAAACUGUUGAUGUGGAAAGAAGGAAGUGAAGGCCUCGAAGAAACAGAUGAGGACAAACAACGAUGGUGGGACGAAGAGAGAAGAGUUUUUCGUGGACGAGCCGAUUCAUUCAUUGCAAGAAUGCAUCUGGUACAAGGAGAUAGGCGCUUUUCAAAAUGGAAGGGGUCAGUUGUUGAUUCAGUGAUAGGAGUCUUCCUUACACAAAACGUUUCAGACCAUCUUUCAAGUUCUGCCUUCAUGUCUCUAGCAGCAAAAUUUCCGCUCAAGUCAACCAGAAACAGAAAUCAUAAGAGGGAUGGAACAAGAAUACUGGUUGAAGAACCAGAUGUCAGCACAUCAAACCCAAAUGGCACGAUUAAAUGGCAUGAGAAUUCAUCAUGUAAUCAUUUGUACAAUCAGAUCUCUAUUGCAUUGUAUGAAUCAAAAGAACAUCAGAGAGAAUGCAUGACAUCAUGGACAGAAAGAACCAGCAUAGUAGAGGCACAUAGUCACAGCCCGGAAGAAGAAGCCCUGUCAUCACAAGAUUCUUUUGAUUCCUCAGUCGUCCAAAACAAUGGUGUUAGAUCGUAUUCAGGCUCCAACUCAGAAGCAGAAGAUCCUGCAAAUGGAUGCAAACAUAGCAAGAAUCUCAGAACAUCUUCAACAAAUUCUCCACAAGUAGAGAACACAACCUUGUUUGAAGAGUUCUAUAGUCAUGUCAGUGGGAGGUCACUGUUUCAUGAGGCAUCCAAACAUGGACAUAAGCAACCAGAAGCUACAGAAAAUAGGCAUGACUGGCCAAGAUUGGAAAGAUUAGAUUACAGCAUAAAAGGCACUUCUAGUGUUAAUCAGCAACUCAAUUACAAUAAUCCUCAUAUGCAAAUACCAGUGGUUCCUCCCAGUAACUAUCCGCUGUACUCAACUGCACAAUCUGAGAUGUUAGAAGUAGAAAGUUUAGAAUUGUGUGGUGAGGAAAGCAUAUCUUCUUGGCCCUCAAGUGCCUCCAGAAUCAGCAAGGAAAAGUAUGCAAGCAACACAAGCAAAAAGGUAGCACAAGGGGCAGAGAAUGCAGCCAAACCCACAGCACAACACUAUAGCUCAGCAAUGCACCAAGAAACUCCAAUAGUGGACCCACAUGCUUUCUUAAGCAAGCAAAUGAUGUGUGAGCAAGGUAAUCCUGGACCUUGCGAUGGCAGUCAACCACAUGAGGUGAACAAGACCUUCCAAUCGGACAGCCAAUCAAUUGCCAAGCCAGCAUAUCUCGCUGCUUCACAAUCUAACAGGCAGAGUAGUUACAAUCAGCCUGUCUCAAAUGCCCCUGAGCUCACAGGAAAAGUUUUUGAUGUUGAAGAAAGAAUUACGUUGGCAGAUAAGCAAGGACACUCAGAAAAGAAAAUUGUUGAAUCAAAUUUGGAGCAAGUACAUUUUACUAGCAAAGUAAAUUCAAGUAUAAAUUCUUUAAAAACAAGAAAAGAAAAGGCUCAGAGUCAGAAAAAGGAUGCAGUUGACUGGGACAAUUUAAGGAAGCAGGCACUAGCAAAUGGUGAAAGAAAAGAAAGAAGCCAAGAUACAAUGGACUCCCUGGACUAUGAAGCACUGAGAUGUGCUAGUGUUAACCAGAUAGCUGAUGCUAUUAAAGAAAGAGGGAUGAACAACAUGCUAGCAGAGCGAAUCCAGGAAUUCCUAAACCGACUGGUCCGGGAACAUGGUAGCAUUGAUCUAGAAUGGUUAAGAGAUGUUCCACCUGACAAAGCAAAGGAUUAUCUGCUAAGUAUGAGGGGAUUGGGGUUGAAAAGUGUUGAGUGUGUGCGGCUCUUAACUCUUCAUCAUCUUGCAUUUCCGGUUGACACAAAUGUUGGACGGAUAGCAGUUCGAUUAGGAUGGGUCCCUCUUCAACCACUACCAGAGUCACUUCAAUUACACCUGCUAGAAAUGUACCCAAUACUAGAGUCAAUUCAAAAGUACCUCUGGCCAAGACUGUGCAAACUUGAUCAACGAACAUUGUAUGAAUUGCAUUACCAGAUGAUCACAUUUGGCAAGGUAUUUUGUACAAAAAGUAAGCCAAAUUGCAAUGCAUGUCCAAUGCGAGCAGAAUGCAGACACUUCGCUAGUGCUUUUGCAAGCGCGAGGCUUGCACUGCCUGGCCCAGAAGAGAAAAGUAUAGUGACUUCAACUGUUCCCAUAGCAACAGAGAGAAGCCCUGGCAUAGUAAUUGAUCCCAUGCCAUUACCUCCACCAGAGGAAAACUCGCUCAAAAGAGGAGAGCCUGAUAUUGUUAGCUGUGUACCUAUUAUUGAGGAGCCAGCAACACCUGAACAAGAACACACAGAAGUAAUAGAAAGUGAUAUAGAGGACAUAUUCUAUGAGGAUCCUGAUGAAAUACCAACAAUAAACCUCAACCUGGAAGAAUUGGCUGUGAACGUACAGAAUUACAUGCAAGCAAACAUGGAACUCCAAGAGUGUGACAUGUCUAAGGCUUUAGUUGCUUUGAAUCCAGAGGCUGCCUCCAUUCCCACUCCCAAAUUGAAGAAUAUCAGUCAGCUACGGACAGAACACCAAGUGUAUGAACUUCCAGAUUCACAUCCUCUCUUGAAAGGGAUGGAUAAAAGAGAGCGUGACGAUCCCAGUCCAUACCUUCUGGCAAUAUGGACACCAGGUGAAACUGCAAAUUCAAUUCAGCCACCAGAUACACAUUGUCAGUCCCAGGAAUCAAAUAAAUUAUGCAAUGAUGAGACAUGCUUUUCAUGCAAUAGUGUCAGAGAAGCUAAUUCACAAACAGUCAGAGGAACACUUCUGAUACCAUGUAGAACAGCAAUGCGGGGAAGCUUUCCACUGAAUGGCACAUACUUUCAAGUGAAUGAGGUAUUUGCAGAUCAUGAAUCGAGCCUCAACCCAAUUAAUGUUCCAAGAGCAUGGAUAUGGAAUUUGCCAAGACGAUUAGUGUACUUUGGAACCUCUGUAUCAACAAUAUUUAAAGGGCUUUCAACAGAAGGAAUUCAGUACUGCUUUUGGAAAGGAUUUGUUUGUGUGAGAGGAUUUGAACAAAAGACAAGAGCACCCCGGCCUCUUAUAGCCAGACUGCACUAUCCAGCAAGUAGAAUGAGGAUGAGGAAUCCAAGACAAUGAUGAGCAGGCCAUGAUGCAGAGAUGGUUAAUAGCAAGAGUUCUAACCAGCAAAAGGUAGGUGAAUUAGUGAAGAGGGAUAAUUAACUGACAUAUUGUUGUACAUUCAAUUUUUUUUUUCCUCCACAUGAAAAACUCUGAACUCGGCAUGGAGAAAUUUUCAAGUUAAAUUGUAAGAUAUGACAACAAGUGGGAUGUAUUUGAUAAAUGGAUUUAUGAUGAUUAUUUCAAUUCAUGCUCAAAACAGAGCAAUUUUCUGAACUA